ACUUCUUGAUUCUCUCUAUUUUGGCUGUCAAAGGUAUAAUCUGGGGUUUGCCUUUUUCCACAUUUAUGGUCUUUAAAUUGUUUUGUUUUUGCCAUUUUUUUUUGUGACAUUUAAGAUCAAGAAUUGUUGGUUGUUCUGUUUCUCCAUUGUUGAUGAUGGAUCUUCACUUGAAAGCUUUUGUCAAUACAAUUAUUACUAAUUUCAGGAGUAAUCAUGAUGUCUUUAGCCCAAACAUGCUUUGUUCCUUCUUUGGUUUAUAUAUUGCAGCCUUUAAACUUUAUGUUGUCCCCAUUUUUCACCUACCAAGACUCUAAAUUACCUCUUUUUGGUAUAUUUUUAUUCUUCUGUGUGGAGCUUUAUUCUAAUAACACUCUACUCCAGCAGUUGUUUUGCUAAUUUCUGAAUACCCUUUUCUACUAUUGUUACCAAGUCUUAGGCAAUUACUCAUUUUUCUUGGGUUUACAAGGCCUAUGUUUGGUAAAAUGUCUAUGUACUCCCGCGGAAGUUAGAUGAUGUUGGUAGUAUAUUCGACGAGUUAUUGUAUAGCUUUUGAUAAAACUGGUCAAAUGACAAAGGUCAGUCCAGAACUUGUAGAUGAGCCUCAGAUGCAGAUAGUUCGAUCAGUAUCAACAGAUGUGACCUUGUUGAAUAACCAGUUUCCAACGUAUAAGCUAGGACCCAACUUUGAGGUUUUACAGGAGACAAAGGAGGAUAAUAAAGGCCCACCUUUAAAGGAGGUAGUCGAGGAAGAAACAAAUCGGCUGACAGAACAACACAACCGCCUUUCUGUUCGUGACCUUGCUAGCAAAUUUGACAAGAAUUUGUCAGCUGCAGCUAAGUUGUCUAAUGAGGCUAAAAUUAGAGAGGCACCUUCCCUAGAGGGACAUGUCCUUUUGAAGAAGCUCAGGGAUUCUUUAGAAUUACUCAAAGGAAGAUUGACAGGACUAAACAAAGAGGACAUUGAAAUAGCUAUUUCAUUGGUGGAAGCUUUAGCAGUAAGGUUGACACAAAAUGAGGGAGAGCUUAUUCAAGAGAAGUUUGAAGUGAAAAAGCUUGUGAAUUUUCUGAAGCAGGCCUCAGAAGAUGCUAAAAGGUUAGUUAAUCAGGAACGAUCUUUUGCUUGUGCUGAAAUUGAGAGUGCCAGAGCUGUCGUACAAAGAAUCGGAGAGGCCCUUGACGAAGAGGAAAGGAAUUCCCCGACCUCAGCAAAACAGGAAAUGGAGGGACUGCUGGAAGCGGUUCAAGAAGCUAGACGAAUAAAACUAUUGCAUCAGCCUAGUAAGGUGAUGGAUAUGGAACAUGAACUGAGGGCUUUGAGAAUCCAGAUCAGGGAGAAAUCCACUGUUUCAUUUAAGCUUCAGAAAGAGCUAGCAAUGAGCAGAAGAGCUGGGCAAAAUAAAUCCGAAUUUUAUGAGUUGUCUGGUUCUGAAACGUUAGGUUCUAUCUUACGAGUCCAGUCAUGUUCAGAUGAAGCCAUUGAUGUUUCAAAAUGCUCAAUUCAGUGGUAUCGUUUAUCAUCUGAAUGCAGCAGAAGAGAACCUAUUGUUGGUGCAGACAAAUUUGUUUAUGCUCCUGAGCCCAUUGAUGUCGGGAGACUUUUAGAAGCAGAUAUAGUCUCAAAUGGCCAAAAAGUCUCGCUGACAACUACUGCUCCUAUAGAUCCAGAAUCUGGAUUGGGGAGUUAUGUUGAGACGCUUUUCCGGAAGUCAAACAUUGAAUUCAGUGUGGUUAUUGCGCAGAUGAAUGGACGGAACUAUUCAUCACGUUCUGCACACUGCUUCCAUGUCGGGAAAACAAAGCUGAAGUUGGGCAAAGGAUGGAUUACAAAAGCUAGAGAUUCGUAUUCUGGAUCUAUGCAGCUAUGUGGAUUUAGAGGAGGGGGUAAUUCUGCCGCAAAGUCACUGUUUUGGCUACCUAGGAAAGGACAUUCCUUUGUGUUAGUAUUUGAAUCCGAGAAAGAAAGAAACGGAGCCCUUAUGGCAGCUCGGAAAUACGCCAUGGACUGCAAUGUAAUUCUUGCUGGACCUGAUGAUGAUGCUUUGCUCUAGACAUAUAGUGAUUUCCAAGUUAUUUUCACUGAUGAAAGAGUCACUUAAUUAGUUUUUUUCUUUUUAUUUUUGGUGAGUAUAAUUAGGUUCUCUUUUCUUGGUGGGUCCUUCCCCGGACACCGCACAUAGCGGUAGCUUUAGUGCACCGGGCUGCUUUUUUUUAUUUUUUGUUUUUUAUAAUUAGGUUCUCUUUUCUUCUUUCUUCUUCUAAAUGUGAGUGAUCAAUUUCUUGUUAUAUUUGUGUGCGCACUAGUAAUGAAUCAUGUCCUUGUCAUUGUAAUUUUUUUUCUCACUAAUUAGUUACAUCCUUUCUAGGCAAUGGUCUUUUUUUUAGGUUUGCCUGGUUUUGGGUUGUAACAAAAUUUUACUAAUUGAUUGGUCCAUUUGCAUUUUAAUGAAAUUUGUUUCUACUA